CCCGCCCGCCCUCCUGCGCCGCCGCCGCCGCCGGCCCAUGACCGAGCCCCGCCGCCGCCGCCGAGGAAUGGGCUCCGGGCCGCGGUAGGAGCGCGGGCAGCGGGGCCGCUUCGCCACAGCCAUCGGGCUUCUGAGGGCCGCCCGGGGGGACGCCAUGGCCGGCGCGACGGGGAAGGCGCCUCCGGACGAGCGGAGAAAGGGGCUGGCUUUCCUGGACGAGCUGCGGCAGUUCCACCACAGCCGGGGGUCGCCGUUUCGGAAGAUCCCCGCGGUGGGCGGCAGGGAGCUGGACCUGCACAGCCUCUACACCAGAGUCACUACUUUAGGCGGCUUCGCGAAGGUUUCUGAGAAGAACCAGUGGGGAGAGAUUGUGGAAGAGUUCAACUUUCCCAGAAGUUGCUCGAACGCUGCCUUUGCUUUAAAACAGUAUUACUUGCGUUAUCUAGAAAAAUAUGAGAAAGUUCAUCAUUUUGGGGAGGAUGAUGAUGAGGUACCACCAGGCAAUCCAAAGCCACAACUUCCUAUUGGUGCAAUUCCAUCUUCCUACAAUUACCAGCAACACAGCGUGUCAGAUUAUUUGCGGCAAAGUUAUGGGUUAUCUAUGGACUUUAAUUCACCAAAGGAUUAUAACAAGUUGGUGCUCUCACUGCUCUCUGGCCUCCCGAAUGAAGUGGAUUUCGCUAUCAAUGUGUGCACUCUCCUGUCAAAUGAGAGCAAGCACGCCAUGCAGCUGGAGAAAGACCCUAAGAUCAUCACUCUGUUGCUUGCUAACGCAGGGGUGUUUGAUGACACUUUAGGAUCCUUUUCCACUGUGUUUGGAGAAGAAUGGAAAGAGAAGACGGAUAGAGAUUUUGUGAAGUUUUGGAAAGAUAUUGUUGAUGAUAACGAAGUACGUGACCUCAUUUCGGACAGAAACAAGUCUCAUGAAGGCCCACCGGGGGACUGGAUUUGGGAGUCCUUGUUCCACCCGCCCCGGAAGCUGGGCAUUAACGACAUCGAAGGCCAGCGGGUCCUCCAGAUCGCAGUGAUCCUGCGCAAUCUUUCCUUUGAGGAGGGCAACGUGAAGCUCUUGGCAGCUAACCGUACCUGUCUGCGUUUCCUGUUACUCUCAGCACACAGUCAUUUUAUUUCUUUAAGGCAGUUAGGCCUUGACACAUUAGGAAAUAUUGCAGCUGAGCUUUUAUUGGACCCUGUUGAUUUCAAAACUACUCAUCUAAUGUUUCAUACUGUUACAAAAUGCCUGAUGUCAAGGGAUAGGUUUCUGAAGAUGAGGGGCAUGGAAAUUCUGGGAAAUCUUUGCAAAGCAGAGGACAACGGCGUUCUAAUCUGUGAAUAUGUUGAUCAAGAUUCCUAUCGCGAGAUCAUUUGUCAUCUCACUCUGCCAGAUGUGCUGCUUGUAAUCUCAACACUUGAGGUGCUAUACAUGCUCACCGAAAUGGGAGAUGUUGCUUGCACAAAAAUCGCAAAAGUAGAAAAGAGUAUAGACAUGUUAGUGUGUCUGGUUUCUAUGGAUAUUCAGAUGUUUGGCCCUGAUGCUUUAGCUGCAGUAAAACUCGUAGAACAUCCAAGUUCCAGCCAUCAAGUUUUGUCUGAAAUCAGGCCACAGGCUGCGGAGCACAUCCCAACCUCAGCGCCCAUCGCUUCUGCCUCCGCUUCCAGAGCAGCUGCAACGCAGCAUGUCGCUCCACCCCCGGGCAUAGUGGAAAUAGACAGCGACAAGUUUGCUUGCCAGUGGCUAAAUGCUCAUUUCGAAGUAAAUCUAGAUUGUUCUGUUUCUCGGGCAGAAAUGUAUUCUGAGUACCUCUCAACUUGCAGUAAAUUAGCUCGUGGCGGAAUCUUAACAUCAACUGGAUUUUAUAAAUGUCUUAGAACGGUCUUCCCGAAUCACAGCGUGAAGAGAGUCGAGGACCCCAGCAGCAGCGGACAGGCCCACAUUCACGUGGUGGGCGUCCGCCGGAGGGCCAUCCCACUCCCCAUUCAGAUGUACUACCAGCAGCAGCCCGUGUCUACUCCUGUGGUCCGUGUUGAUUCUCUCCCUGAUGGGUCCACAGCUCCUACACCUGCAGGAAUCCCUCAUGGAUCACAAACUGUAGGAAACCAUUACCAGAGGACUCCUGUUACCAAUCAGUCUUCAAAUUUGACUGCAACACCAAUGUCUUUUCCUGUACAAGGUGUUCAUACUGUGGCACAGACUGUUUCAAGAAUUCCACCAAAUUCUUCAGUUCACACCCACCAGCAGCAAAAUACUCCAGUGACUGUCCUUCAGAAUAAAGUUCCAGUUCCUUGUGAAGUUGUUAAGGCUGCCGUGAUCCAGAACUCCGUGCCCCAGACAGCAGUUCCUACACACCUUGCCCAGAGUUCGGUGGUACAGAAUCACAGUGCAGGGCCCCCGCCUGUUCCAGUUGUGAAUUCCCAGACGUUGCUUCACCACCCAUCUGUAAUCCCACAGCCGUCUCCAUUGCACACCGUGGCACCAGGACAGAUAGCUUCAGGCACCCCCGUUACGGUCAUCCAGCAAGCGCUCCCACAGAGUCACAUAUUUGGCAGAGUACAGAAUAUACCAGCAUGUGCUUCUGCAGUUUCACAGGGUCAGCAGUUGCUCACCACCUCACCCCAACCUGUGCAAACUUCAUCCCAGCAGACAUCAGUUGGUAGUCAGCCACAAGACACUGUUAUCAUAGCACCCCCACAGUAUGUAACAACUUCCGCAUCCAAUAUUGUCUCAGCAACUUCAGUGCAGAAUUUUCAGGUAGCUACGGGACAAAUGGUUACUAUUGCUGGUGUCCCAAGUCCACAGCCCUCGAGGGUAGGGUUUCAGAACAUUGCACCAAAACCUCUCCCUUCUCAGCAAGUUUCAUCAACAGUGGUACAGCAGCCUAUUCAACAACCACAGCAACCAGCCCAACAAAGUGUGGUGAUUGUAAGCCAGCCAGCUCAACAAGGUCAAACGUAUGCACCGGCCAUUCACCAGAUUGUUCUGGCUAAUCCCGCAGCUCUUCCGGCUGGUCAGACAGUUCAGCUUACCGGACAACCGAACGUAACUCCAUCUUCUUCACCAUCACCUGUCCCAGCUACUAAUACCCAAGUCCCUACUGCCCCGUCAUCCUCCGCCCCUCAGCCACAGGGACCACCCCCUACUGUCAGUCAAAUGCUGUCUGUAAAAAGGCAGCAGCAGCAGCAACACUCGCCUGCAGCACAGCAGGUCCAAGUUCAGCAGCCACAGCAAGUACAGGUGCAGGUUCAGCCUCAGCAAGCAAAUGCUGGAGUUGGGCAGCCUGCUUCUGGGGAGUCGAGUCUGAUAAAACAGCUGCUGCUUCCAAAGCGGGGCCCUUCGACUCCAGGUGGUAAGCUUAUUCUCCCGGCCCCACAGAUUCCUCCCCCCAACAAUGCAAGAGCUCCCAGCCCUCAGGUGGUCUACCAGGUGGCCAACAACCAAGCAGCAGGCUUUGGAGUGCAGGGGCAGACUCCAGCUCAGCAACUGUUGGUUGGGCAGCAGAAUGUGCAGCUGGUCCAAAGUGCAAUGCCACCCACAGGGGGAGUGCAAACUGUGCCCAUCUCGAACUUACAAAUAUUGCCAGGCCCACUGAUCUCCAACAGCCCAGCGACCAUUUUCCAAGGGACAUCUGGCAACCAGGUAACCAUUACAGUUGUGCCAAAUACAAGUUUUGCUACUGCAACUGUGAGUCAGGGAAACGCAUCUCAGCUCAUGGCUCCAGCAGGACUUGCCGUGAGUGGUCCGCAGGCAGGAGUCGGGCUUCAGAUGCAGACGCUCCCAGCCGCACAGGCAGCGCCUGCGGGACAACCCUCAUGUGCUCCUGCUGCUCCCCCAUUCAGAGGCGACAAGAUCAUUUGCCAGAAGGAGGAGGAAGCCAAGGAAGCAACAGGUUUACAUGUUCAUGAACGUAAAAUUGAAAUCAUGGAAAACCCAUCCUGCCGGCGAGGAAGCACCCACACCAGCAAUGGGGAUACACAGGAGAGUGAAAUGCCAGUGGGAAGUCUGUUGAACGGGAAGAAGUACAGUGACUCAAGUCUACCUCCUUCAAACUCAGGGAAAACUCAGGGUGAGACUCAUCAGGGCUCCCUGGUAAGCAAUGGGCCAUUGAUCGAUUUAGGUGAGAAUGGAGCCUCUGGAAAACAGAACUCAGAGCAGAUGGACAUACAGGAUGUCAAAAGUGAUUUGAAAAAACCCAUGGUUAAUGGAAUCUGUGAUUUUGAUAAAGGGGAUGGUUCUCAUUUAAGCAAAAACAUUCCAAAUCACAAAACUUCCAAUCAUGUAGGGAAUGGUGAGAUUUCUCCAGUGGAACCACAAGGGGCUUCAGAUGGCACUCAGCGUGACAGCGCCAAAGGUGACCAGCUGGAAAGGAUUUCCAAUGGACCUGUGUUAACUUUGGGGGGGUCGCCAUCUGCGAGCAGUUUGCAGGAGUCUUUGAAUGUGGCAACACAGCAAUCUGGUAGUACUGAUUUGCCCAAUGGACCUCUAGCUUCAAGUUUGAAUUCAGAUGUGCCUCAGCAACGCCCAAGUGUAGUUGUCUCACCGCAUUCUACAACCUCUGUUAUACAGGGGCAUCAGAUCGUAACAGUUCCCCACUCAGGACCGCGAGUGUCCCAUUCUGCCCUGUCAGCUGACAUUCGCUCUGCAAAUGGCACAGCAGAGUGCAAAACUGCCAAGCGGCCAGCAGAAGACAGUGACAGGGAGACAGUCGCAGGAAUUCCAAGUAAGGUCGGAGUUCGAAUUGUUACAAUCAGCGACCCCAACAACGCUGGCUGCAGUGCCACGAUGGUUGCUGUGCCGGCAGGAGCAGAUCCAAGCACUGUAGCUAAGGCAGCGAUAGAAAGUGCUGCUCAGCAGAAGCAGCAGCAUCCCCCGACACAUGUACAGAAUGUGGUCCCACAGAGCACUCCCAUGCCUCCUUCAGCAGCUGUUCCCGCUCAGGGCCAGCCUGGCAGUUGUCAGCCGCCUCCAUCCGGCGCAUCCGGGCAGCGCGGAGACGCCGUAGGAAAGCCUGGACAGAGCUUCAUGUGUCUGUGGCAGUCUUGUAAAAAGUGGUUUCAGACGCCCUCCCAGGUGUUCUACCACGCAGCUACUGAGCACGGGGGGAAAGACGUGUACCCAGGCCAGUGUCUAUGGGAAGGCUGUGAGCCCUUCCAGCGGCAAAGGUUUUCUUUCAUCACCCACUUACAGGAUAAGCACUGUUCAAAGGAUGCCCUGCUUGCAGGAUUAAAACAGGAUGAACCAGGACAAAUGGGAAGUCAAAAAUCUUCUACCAAGCAGCCAGCUGGAGGGGGCACAAGCUCUGCCCCACGAGCCCAGAAGGCCAUUGUGAACCACCCCAGCGCCGCCCUCAUGGCUCUGAGGAGGGGGUCCCGGAACCUCGUCUUUCGUGACUUCACAGAUGAAAAAGAGGGACCAAUAACUAAACACAUCCGACUAACAGCUGCCUUAAUCCUAAAAAAUAUCGGUAAACACUCAGAGUGUGGUCGCAGAUUGCUAAAGAGACAUGAAAACAACCUAUCCGUGCUUGCUAUAAGCAACAUGGAAGCUUCCUCCACCCUUGCCAAAUGCCUUUACGAACUCAACUUCACAGUGCAGAGCAAAGAGCAAGAACAAGACUCAGAAAUGCUGCAGUGAAACCCCGCUGGGCCAGCGGGGACUCCGAGUCAGACACAUUUCACACACUGGUAAGAAAGCACCACGUCUUAAUGGAACAGAGAGCAUGGAAUGGAUUAUUCUCACUCCUGCCAUGAGCUGAGAGGAAGUCCGUAUUCUGAUCUCUGAGUGAAUCCCUUUGUUCUGUUUUUAAAA